AUGAGCUUGCCCCUGAACGUCAAGCCUUUCCUGAAUGGGUUGAUGGGGAAGCCGGUGAUGGUGAACCUGAAGUGGGGGAUGGAGUGCAAGGACUACCUGGUGUCUGUUGACGGCAACAUGAACAUGCAGCUUGCAAACACAGAAGAAUACGUAGACGGUGCAUUGUCAGGACACCUUGGUGAAGUUUUGAUAAGAUGUAACAAUGUCCUGUACAUCAGAGGAGUAGAAGAAGAAGAUGGAUAAA